CACAAGGGUCGGUUGCGAGCAGUGUUUGGCAGCUGCUAUUAAUUCGACGAUAAUAAAUGUAAUGUGAUUAUGUUCGUCGCAGUACUCGGACGGACUAACAAGUGAAGUUGACAAAAAUAAAAGGUUAAAAGUUGUUUUGUUGGUGAUUAAUAUUAACGUGUUUUUAUUUUUUGUUCUCUCCCGCAGAUUCGCGAUUCCACCGAACGCUUCUUUGAGAAUAGUGAGUCGGAACCCGCCUUUGAAUAGAGAUAGGCAGAUCAGCAAGCUCGAGUUCGCGAAAAUCCUUCGAACCGCAGAAAGUUUUCCACUGAAGUAAGUAUUCAGGGAGCCGUUUAUCUUUCCAUCCGAGCUUGGAAAACACAACACCUCCGCAGGCGAAAUUAAUUGUGCAGCCAGAUGGAAACAACCAAUGGAAUCGAGUUCGAUUCGGGGAACGCGGAAUUGAACCAGAAAAUUUCCGAAUGGCUGCGAUGGGAUAAGAACGAAAACUCCUCAAAUGAAAUUAAGUCGCUGGUGAAGGCUAAAGAAUGGGCCACCUUGAGUGGACGUUUGCUGAAGCGGCUGGCCUUUGGAACGGCUGGGCUUCGAGGAGUAAUGCAGUCCGGGUUUAAUGCUAUGAAUGAUUUGGUGGUGAUACAAUCAGCCCAAGGACUCUGCCAAUACAUACUUCAGUGUUAUCAAUCGGCGGACGAUCGUAAGCGAGGCGUUGUGCUGGGAUACGAUGGUCGUUACAAUAGCAAAAGAUUCGCCGAGUUGAGUGCUUGCGUUUUCCUUGCCGAAGGCAUCCCGGUGUGGCUGUACAGCAGGACUGUGGCCACUCCGUUCGUUCCCUUCGCGGUGAAGGAACUGUCCUGUCUGGCUGGGGUGAUGGUAACGGCAUCCCACAAUCCGAAGGAGGACAACGGCUACAAGGUCUACUGGACCAACAGUGCCCAAAUCAUCGCGCCGCACGACAAAAACAUUCAGUCGUCUAUUUUGGAGAACCUUGAGCCUCUCGACACUUCAUGGGAUUUGAAUCUUUUGAAAUCGAACAACCUGAAAGACCCGUACGAUGAAAUGGUUCAACUUUACUUUAUCAAGUUGAAGCAAAAUGUUCCGGAAAGCUUCGUAGCCAAUUAUAACCGUAAAUGCCCGCAGAGAUUUGUAUAUAGUGCCAUGCAUGGUGUUGGGUAUCCAUUCAUUGAAAAAUGUUUCGAGACAAUCGGUUUGCAACCGGUGAUUGCUGUUGAGGAACAGCGGGAUCCUAAUCCGGAUUUCCCAACAGUAAAAUUUCCCAACCCGGAAGAAGGAAAAUCAGCACUCAAUCUAUCGAUUAAAUUGGCCAAUGACUCGAAUUGUAGUAUAAUUCUAGCAAAUGAUCCGGAUGCGGAUCGAUUGGCUUGUGCAGAAAAGGAUGUUACGACUGGCGAAUGGCGAGUUUUCAGUGGAAACGAAUUAGGCGCUUUGUUGGGUUGGUGGUCUAUCCGGUGCUACCGGGAACAAUUUCCGGAUAGAAGUAUGAGUGAUUGCUACUUGCUGGCAAGUACUGUAAGCUCAAAAAUGUGUCGAUCCAUUGCAAACGUCGAAGGGUUGAAUUUUGUUGAAACCCUUACCGGGUUCAAGUGGAUGGGUAACCAUUCAGUGGAUCUGAUGGCCGCCGGGAAAACCGUACUAUUCGCAUUUGAGGAAGCCAUCGGAUUCAUGUGCUCUCCAACGGUGCUGGACAAAGAUGGAGUCAGUGCCGCAGGGCAGUUGGCAACAAUGGCUUGUUAUCUGAAGGAAACUUCCAACCAAACGCUAUCGGAUAAGCUGAACGAACUGUACGACAUUUACGGUUUCCAUUGUGCGUUUACUUCGUACCAUUUCUGUUAUGAACCCCCUGUAAUCGAGACAAUAUUCGAAAGGAUCCGAACGUUGACUGGCCCGGAUUGUGGUUAUCCUAAAACCAUUGGAGCGGGCAGGUUCCCCAUCGGAUCGAUACGGGAUCUGACGACCGGGUACGAUUCGAAGCAACCGGAUUUGAAAGCACUUUUACCGUCCAGCAAAAGUUCUCAGAUGAUCACGUUCAGUUUUGAAAAUGGAGCCGUUAUCACUUUGAGGACCAGCGGGACCGAACCCAAAAUUAAGUACUAUGCCGAGAUGUGCGCCAAGCCUGGUCAAAGGGACUGGUGCGGCUCCAGAAAGACACUCAACGAAAUGGUCGACCUGAUCGUAGAAGAGCUUCUGGAACCAACGAAAAACAAUUUGACGCCACGCUCGGAAUAAAUCGGAAUCCCCUCGUACAAAACAACUAUCAACGAAUAAGCCAAUCACGAGGCUUACACACACGAGGAUCUUGUUUCAUAGACAACCUAUUGACAAUGCAGUGCUUAUUCUAUAAUCUCAACUAGAAUCGAUUAGUUUGUAGUUUUGUUCACCUCAGCCGGAUACCAUAUUUACAGUUGAAAACCAGUUCCAGUUCCGGCAAACGCUUCCUAGCAAUUCCGAAGGAAUUUUUUAAGGACCCCAUUGACAAAGUCAAGCUUUGAUCCUUUCAUUCAAUCUCCAGUAACCUGUUAGUGCUCUCACUAGCUUUAGUUUUUCGUUCCAACGCUUACAACACUGUGGUUGUAUUUUAAUCUGCAGUGUGUCGAAUCUUUUUACUUAGCAUUUAACCAGUUGUCGAAAUGAAUGUGAUUUAAUAAACACACGAAACGAUAGAAA